CAUGUCCACUGAUGAUCAAAAUGGGGUUUAUGGGGAUGAAAAAGGGAAGCUUUUCAUUGGCGGAUUAAGUUGGGAAACUUCGACAGAAAAUUUAGAAUCAUAUUUUUCAAAUUACGGAAAGCUCAUCGACUGCGUUGUCAUGAAAAGUUCUUCAACAGGUAGAUCUAGAGGAUUUGGAUUCGUAAAGUAUGAAAAAAUUACUGACGCCGAACGUGUGGUUAACGAAGGUCCGCAUCGAAUAGAUGAAAGGGAUGUUGAUGUUAAAUUAUGUAAUCCCCGUCAUCUUAAUAAGGGAAGUAAGGCUGAAAUUCAAAAGAAUAGAAAAAUAUUUGUUGGAGGAUUACCAGUUAGUUGUACUGAAUCAAAGCUAAGAGCGAUUUUUGAACAAUUUGGCCGUGUCGAAGAAGCUUGUAUUAUGUAUGAUCAGCUCAAAUCUAAAAGUAGAGGUUUUGGAUUCAUUGUUUUUGCUCAGGAAGCUGCUGUCGAUCGAGUUUGUAGUCUUCAUUACAUCACUCUAGAUGGAAAGCAGGUUGAAUGUAAGAGAGCUCAACCAAGAGAGGAGAUUGAGAAAGAGACGAAGAAGGAAUCAUUUGAAGGUCAAUUUGAAGAAGAUGUAUUCAAAGCGGCAGCUGCUGUUGCAACUGCUGUAGCUACUGGAAAAAUUUCAAAUACUCAAGAUUAUAUUGAAUCAUUUUCACAACAAAUUGAAAGUACGGCCUGCCACCAACCAGUAUAUCAAGCAGUCUUUCCCAUUCCAACUCCACGGCAGUAUCUACCAGUUUUACCACCUCUUCGACCAGAGAUUGAUAGAAAUAUUGUACAAGCGCAACUAUCCGCUCUCCAACAAUUAGCAUCUUCAGAUUCAAAGACUGGAGAGGAUAGAAAGAUAUUAGAGAAAACUUUGAUGCCUGUUUCAAGAAAGAGUGAUUGCAAAAAUUACAACAUUCAAACAGCAGCUCAGGCAGCAAUUCAAAUGGCUGCUCAAACAUCUCCUAAAGUUGCUAAUCCAACUCCUUUCAUACCACUUAAUUCUUAUGGAAGUGAGAUAAAUCAGGUAAAGGGGUCCUAUGGCGCUAUACGUCCCUACACCAGGCAUAUUGUGUUUGCUCCAUAUCCAUAUGUUCGCGCAGCCUUCCUACCUAGUCCAGGAAACUUUCCAAGAACAUGA